AUGGAUAAAGUAUGUCAAUAUUGUCAGGCGUUGAAAUUUCGAAAUGAAGCUGCCGGUAUGUGCUGCGCAGCAGGAAAAGUCGUGCUGUCACCUCUACCCGCUCCGCCAGAACCUUUAUUAUCCCUUCUUGCUGGGAAUUCAGAUGAUUCAAAAUUAUUUUUGCGUAAGAUACGCAAAUUUAAUUCUUGCUUCCAAAUGACGUCAUUUGGGGCAACUAAAAUUUGCGAUCUUGCAUCCGAUGGACGUAAUUUUGAAACUACAUUCAAAAUACAAGGCCAGGUGUACCACAAAAUUGGAUCAUUGAUGCCAAUGCCUGAUGAUAAUCCGAAAUUUCUUCAAAUUUAUUUUAUGGGCAAUUGUGAAGAGCGCGUAACUACUCGGUGCCAGUAUAAUUUCAUUGAACAAGCAGAGGAAAGAGCAAUUGUGAUAUUACUGGAAAAUUUUUUAGAAGAUCAGAAUCAACUACUUCAAUUAAUCAAAAGAGUUUCGCCACGAUUGCAAAAUGACAACUAUCAAAUCGUCAUAAAAGCCGAUAAAGUACCAUUAGGUAUACAUGCUGGUAGAUUCAACGCUUCAACUGUUGAUGAGGUUGCUGUUAUCAUGGUUAGUCAUCCAGUUGACAAAAUAUCUAUAAAAAUUACACGGCGUGACAACACUAUCAGUACGAUUUCGGAUCUACACCGUUCAUAUGAUGCACUACAAUAUCCAUUGAUAUUUUGGCAAGGACAGGAUGAAUAUCAUCUUAACAUCAAACAGUGUGAUCCUAAUACCGGUGAUUAUGGAAAUAAAAAAGUGAGCUCAAUGGACUACUACGCACACCGAAUAAUGAUUAGACUAAAUCAGGACAAUUAUAUCCUUCGAUAUCGUCAGCUAUUCCAUCAAUACAUUGUUGAUAUGUAUGCUAAGGUUGAAAGCGAACGCUUGCGAUUCAUUCGAUUCAACCAGGCUAAAUUACGAUCGGAAGAAUAUAUUCACUUACGAGAUGCUGUUGCUGGAAACAUCGACGGAAAUUUAAAUCCUAAUGACAUCGGUAAUGCUUUCAUUUUACCUUCAAGCUACAUCGGCAGUCCACGGAACAUGCAGGAAUACAUGCAAGACGCGAUGACUUACGUACGUCAUUACGGCCGACCGGAUUUGUUUAUUACAUUUACAUAUAAAAUCCGUCCAGAAGAAAUUGAUCAAAUAAUUUCAGCUGAAAUUCCAGACCCAUUAAUUGAUCCAGAAUUAUUUGAUGUUGUCACUAAACACAUGAUCCAUGGGCCAUGCAGUGCUUUUAACAUCACGUCACCAUGCAUGGAAAAUGGAAAAUGUAAGAAAAAUUUCCCAAAGCCGCAUACGAAUGACACUAUCAUGGAUAUUGAUGGUUAUCCUAUAUAUCCCCGCAGAAAUACUAAGAAUGGUGGCCACACAUUUACAAUGCGACUGCCGAAUUAUCCAAAUCAAGCAGAAUUUGAUAAUCAGUGGGUGGUACCAUAUUCACCAUUACUUUCAAAAACUUAUAAAGCUCAUAUCAACGUUGAGCUUUGCAGUUCUGUAAAAUCAAUUAAGUACAUUUGUAAAUAUGUAAACAAAGGCAGUGAUUUGGCCAUAUUUGAAGUACAAAAUAUAAAUAAAAAUGACGAAAUAGCACGAUACCAAAUGGGUAGAUACAUUAGCAGCAACGAAGCUAUUUGGCAUAUUCUCAGCUUUCCCAUACACGAAAGAGAUCCUUCUGUCCAGCAUCUAGCAAUACAUCUUGAAAACGGUCAACGUGUAUACUUCACUGAAGAAGAUCUUCUCCAAAGAGCGUUCGAGGCCCCAAAAACGACACUAACUAAAUUUUUUACAUUGUGUCAAAGAUUUGAUAUUUUUGGCCGAUUCGCAAAGACAUUGCUAUAUGGUGAUGUUCCGCGUUAUUUCACAUGGAGCAAAUCCAGUAAAAAAUGGGAACCACGAAAACAAGGAAAACGACAUCCUUCCAUUCCAGGUAUAUUCAAAGCUAAGACAUUGGGGCGACUUUACACAGUACAUCCAAAGCAACGUGAGUGCUUCUAUUUACGUUUGUUAUUGGUGAAUGUGCCUGGACCAACGUCUUUUGAAUUUCUGCGAACAGUUAAUGGUCGAGUAUUCAAUACAAACCAAGAUGCAUGUCGUGAACUGCAAUUGCUAGAAGACGAUAACCAUUGGGACUUAGCGCUUGCUGAUGCUGCGUUGACAUCAAUGCCCAAUAACGUUCGUCAGCUGUUUGCAAUUAUUUUGACGACGUGUUAUCCAUCGCAAGCACAAACUUUGUGGAAAAAAUAUAAAAAUUGCAUGACAGAAGACAUAUUGCACCGAAUUAGACAAACAGAUCAAUGCCAAAACAUAGAUUAUACGCCAGAGAUGUAUAAUGAAGCAUUGUGUUCUAAUUUCAAAUUUACCACUUAA